AUGGAAAAUACUACUUCUUUGGUUCAAUUUGGAGGCAAGUGGAAUGAAAAAAAUGAGUACGAAGGGUACACAAUGACUGGAAUAUUGAUUCCACCAAAUUGUUCUCUUGACAACUUGGUGAAUUUGGUAAAACAGGAGAUAAAGGAAACAAGAGCAAGCAUUAAAGUUUAUUAUCAAGUAGCCAAAGGAACACCACCAAUGAAGAUUGAAUCAGACAAUUCAGUGUUGUUCUACUUGGAAAUAAAGAAAAAAGUUGCAGAAAAAAUAACAGACUUACCAUUGUGUGUGAAUAUAGUUCAAGAAUCAAUGGAUGAAAAUAAUCUUCUUCAGCUAUCAAAUCAGAAAGCUACAGCACAAGAAAUGGAGGUGGGAACAUUAUUAAUGCAAGCAAACAAAGCUUCCAUCAAUGAACAUAUGUUACUUGAAGAAGGAAUGUCAAGCACAACAAAUGAGGGAAUCAAUGUGGCAUACAUACCUCACCUUGCUAAAGAAGUAGCUGAUUUUAUAAUUGAAGACAAUUCAAAAAGAAAAAAGAGAUUGGAGGAAAUUGAAAUAGUAAUAUCUGAUUACAGAGUGAACAAAAUAGAGCAAGGACAGAUUUACAAGGACAAGAACACAAUCAAAUCAGCUCUUGGCUACCAUGCAAUGCUACAUAACUUUCAGUUCAAAACAAAAAGAUCAGAACCAAGAGAGUACCUGGUUACCUGCGCAGAUGACACAUGCAGCUGGUUUGUGAGAGCUUCUAAAUACAGAAAUCAAGAUUUAUUCAAGGUACGAAAAUGCAUUCCAAAUCAUACUUGCUCUGUUGAAAUUGUUAUGGAGGAUCAUAGGCAAGCAAAAAGCAUAAUAAUUGGGGAAUUAAUAAAGAAUAAGUACAAGUCAGUCAAAAGAAAUUAUACUCCAAAUGACAUCAUGAAUGAUGACUUUGGAGUAACCAUGGGAUACACAAAAGCAUGGAGAUCAAGAGAAAAAGCUUUGUUUCUAGUAAGAGGGAACCCUGAUGAUUCAUAUCAAAAGUUGCCAAUGUAUCUUCACAUGUUGAAGCAAGCAAAUCCAGGAACAGUAACACAUCUGCUCACAGACAAUGAAGAUAGAUUCAAAUACUUGUACAUAGCUUUCUCCAACUCAAUCAAAGGUUGGAGAUACUUGAGGCCUAUCAUUGUUGUUGAUGGAACUUUCUUAAAAAAUGCACAUGGCGGCACACUAUUUUUAGCAUCAACAUUAGAUCCAAACAACAACAUUUUUGUCUUGGCUUUUGGAAUAGCAGACUCAGAAAAUGAUAACUCUUGGCUUUGGUUCUUCUCCAAACUAAGAGACACAUAUGGAGAACCCGAAGGAUUGGCUAUUGUUUCUGACAGACACAAGAGCAUAGAGAAUGCAGUACAUAUAGUGUACCCAAAUGCGUUCCAUGGAGCUUGCAUGUAUCACUUGCUCAAUAAUUUGAAAAGCAAGUAUGGAAACCAUGGAGAACAGCUACAAAUGAAUUUCAUUGCAGCAGCAAAAGCAUACACAAAAACAGAAUGUGAACACUACAUGAGAAGCCUUGAUAGACUUGACAGGCGCAUUAGACCCUAUUUAGAGAAAGCCAAAUAUGAAACUUGGGCAAGAUCAUACUCACCAACAAAAAGAUACACCAUGAUGACAUCCAACAUCGCAGAAUCGCUCAACGCUGCACUAAAAGCUACAAGAAAUCUCCCUAUUGAUAUAUUGGUUGAAUGUCUUAGAAGUUUGGUUCAAAAGUGGGUUUGGAACAAUUCAAAUAAUGCAAAUGGAACAUUCACAAAAGUAUCUACAGCAACAGAAAAUGAAUUGAGACAUGACAUUGUUUCAAAAAUGAAGUAUGAGGUCUUACAUUUCAACCCAAUAGAAUAUCAAGUUCGUGAUGAAAAAGGGACCAAUUUCACAGUAAAUAUUCACAAUAGAACUUGUGCAUGCAAUAGGUUUCAAGAAGAUGAAAUGCCUUGUGGGCAUGCAGUAGCUGUAAUUGCAAAGAGAAACUUGGGAGUAUAUGAUUACUGUGCAAAGUUUUACAAAACAGAAACUUUGAAAGCAAUGUAUGAAGAAAAUGUUCAUCCUUUGCCUCAUAAAGAUGAAUGGAAUCUACCACAACACUUAGACAUAGUGGUGCUACCUCCAAAGGCAACAAUCCCUGCAAGAAGACCAAGAAAGAAAAGAAUAAGAUCAAGAGGAGAACCAAAAGUGAUAAUCACCUGUGGUAAAUGUGGCCAACCAGGACAUAACAGGAAGACUUGCAGGAAUCCACCAAUUGACAAGGCAAACAAGCAGAAAAAACAAAAGUCAUAG